GCCCCUUGUUGGGAGCACUGCGGCUGCGCAAUGCCAGUUCCUGCUUCCUGUCAGUCUGGUGCUGCUGCUGCUGCUGCUUCCCUGUCAGCGGCUGAGGAUGGACCGUUUCUCCUGGUGCACCGGGCUGCUGGACAUUGAUGAGACCCUGGUCAUCCAGCAGCGGGGGGUGCGCCUGUCAGACGGGGAGGAGAAGAGCAAAUUUGAUACUGGUACUUUAAUCCUGACAACUCAUAGAUUUAUAUGGAGGGACCAGAAAAAUCAUGAUUUCUGUAUCGCGUUUCCUCUAUCCCAGAUUGUUUUCUCAGAAGAACAAGCAGGGGGCAUUGGGAAAAGUGCCAAAAUUGUUGUGCACCUCCACCCUCCUCCUCCAAACAAGGAACCUGGACCGUACCAAACCAGCCGCUACUCCUACGUCAAGCUGUCCUUUCGGGAGCAUGGGCAGAUUGAGUUCAACCGACGCCUAUCGGAGGAGCUGACACAGAGGAGGUGGGAACGAGCAUCACCCUCUAUACAGAUGAACAAAGGUCCCCAGGCUGGAAGAAUAAAAGCUGUCGGGAUUGUUGGCAUCGAGAGGAAGUUGGAAGAGAAAAGAAAAGAGACUGACAAAAAUAUUUCCGAGGCCUUUGAGGAUCUCAGCAAGCUCAUGGAAAAGGCCAAGGAAAUGGUGGAACUGUCCAAAUCGAUAGCUAACAAAAUCAAAGACAAACAAGGAGACAUCACAGAAGAUGAGACUAUCAAGUUUAAAUCCUACUUGCUGAGCAUGGGAAUCGCCAAUCCCGUCACCCGGGAAACGCACGGAUCAGGAACUCACUACCACAUGCAGCUGGCAAAGCAGCUCGCUACCAUGUUACAGACCCCAUUAGAGGAACGAGGCGGUAUAAUGUCUCUUACAGAAGUAUACUGUUUAGUAAACCGGGCCAGGGGCAUGGAGUUGCUUUCUCCGGAGGAUUUGGUAAAUGCCUGCAAAAUGUUGGAAUCUCUAAAGCUACCGCUGCGGCUUCGUAUAUUUGAUAGCGGCGUCAUGGUAAUUGAACACCAGUCUCACAAUGAAGAGGAAAUGGUGGCUUCUGCGUUAGAAACGGUAUCUGAAAGGGGCUCGCUGACUUCUGAAGAGUUUGCCAAGAUCGUCGGAAUGUCUGUUCUGCUGGCCAAAGAAAGGCUUCUACUAGCAGAAAACAUGGGACACCUAUGCAGAGAUGACUCUGUUGAAGGUUUGCGCUUCUAUCCAAACAUGUUCUUGACGCAGAAUUAGAAACUUUCUGGAGACCAGUAUGUGGUAAACACUGGUGAACACAUCACUGAACUUGAUCUGCUAUGGAUUACCCUCAGCACGGUUGCAACUAGCAAAUUAUGUUAUUUAAAGGACACGAAAAACUCGCCAGAUGCACAAAGUGUGAGAUAUGUCAUACUUGAAUUCUAAAGCCAACAUGGCGUGAUCUUACCAUGACAUUUACUACAGCUAAAUUAAGGCGUAAAGUGUAAUGUAAUAUUUCAUCACCUGUCAUAAGCAGGUUAUGGAUAUAGGGCGAAAAGGUCAAAUAACAAAACAUUGUGUCAGUUAAUAAAUUGUAAAAGUGCGGAAACAUCACUAGCUAUGUCGAUGUAAGUGAGCCUACGAUUUUACUGAUCAUUUUGUUGGCUAGUAGACUGUAAGUCUAGUAUUUAGCUUCCUCUACUGUCCUAGAUUUAUGGAAGAGACCAGUUCUGUCCCGUUUUGUACAAUGUAAGAUACUAAUUGUCAGUAAAGGGGUGAGGCAAGCAGCAUGCUCAAUAGACCUGAACUGUUUACACUUGCGCUGUUCCAGAUAUAUUAUAUAACCUGGUACUAGGCUUACCUUGAAUAUAUUUUAAUCUCCAGUAGUGUUUUUCUUGCACUUUAAUAAAUAACUGUGGGUUGAAGUAGAUUUUCAGAACUGUAUUCCUAUGGAAAGGAAACUAACUGUAACAGACCUGUAUAAUGAUUGAUUACACCUGUGUCAUUUCUUAUCUGCCUGCAAUAAUGAUCAUUGUUACAAUUGA